AUGGCUUUUGGUGCCCGUGCUCCCGCUGAGCCUUUGAGGCCGUGCAGGGAGAGGCAGUCACCUGUCUGUCCUGAAGUCUUUCAGAUGAGUAUAUGCACAGCAGACCAAGAUAGCCAGGGUAGAAAGGCCAGGGAAAGAACUUGGGGUUUGUCAUACAUAUAUGCUUCAUCAGCCAGUAAUGUAAAGAUUGAUGGACUGGAGGAGAAGCUGGCGUGUUGCAGACAGAGCAUAGAGGAGGUGGAUCUUAAACUGCGCAGGGAGAAGCUCAGUCCUGAAGGAAGAAAGUCACUGGAGAGAGAGAGAAACUUACUAAUGACCAAAGCUGACAACUAUGAGAAAGAACUGAGUGCGCUUCGUAAAGAAAAUCGCAAGAAUGCCGCCCUUGCUGUGGCCAUGGGGUUACUGAUUGCUCUUAUUUACAUCUGCUGGACGAUGUGAUUGCACUCAAGAAAUCUCCCUGCUGACCAAAUGACUCUGCUGCAAGGAGCUCUUCUUCCUCUCACCGCUGUGCCUCCCCCAAGGGUGAGGAUCAGCAUUUCAAAUUGCUAUUCUUGUUUAUCCUCUCCAAGCCUCAUUGUGGGGAAGCUUUUUCUCUGAGAAUUGAG